AAGCCUCGAGGUCAACAAACUGGUCGACUCGCAAUUCAGAGCUCAGUCCUUCUAGACGCCAAGGGCUUUCUCUCUCUCCUGCUUGACCUCGUCGUCAGGCUGUCCUGACGUAGCCCAGGUCGACUUGAUAUCGGCAACGCUGACCCACUCGAUUCGUUCCUGAAGUUUUGGAGAAGAUGCUUCCCAUUACAAAAAAUUCUAUAAGCGCAAUCCUAGUUUUCAUGGCGGUUUCAUCAGGAUCUUGCCCUCGUAAUCUGCCAAGGGAACAGUCUGUUCGUGGUGCGAAUCUUUCAGCCACCGGAAAAGUCCCCAAUCUCGGCCAAAGCCCCAGGAAUGUUUCUGCACAAGACGUAAUAAAGCUGAUCGCGGCUAUAGUGAAGAAUACCGAAAGAAGCCUGACGGUUCUAUACGGUCACGAAUACGAAGAGGUAAUAUACGGCUUACCUGAACUUCUGUCUGAUGAGUUCAUUGUACUGACGAACUUCAAAAAUGACGGAAAGACGGAGAUCCUGCAUCAGAUGCUAAUUCCGUCUGAGAGGAAGAACUUCCUGCUUGUCCUGGACACACCAGCCAAUAUAAUCACCAUUUUUCAGACGAUGAGAACCAAAAUGCUGAAGACCCACUUGGCCACGUGGAUUUUGCUAAUGGAAGGAGGCGACGCCCACGGCAGCGUCGCCAUACUUCAAGAGUUUGUCAACGAAGGCACACAAGUAAUUAUCUUUGUAAAGAAUUCUGAUGGAGAUCUGGUUUACUACCUUCCUUCAAUCGAUACGUACGGAAUUACACGAUUCACGAAAAAAGGCCGAUGGGAUAGCAGACAGGACUUGGAGUUACUCUCUUCAGAGCCGCAGGAAACCUACGACUUGAGCGGAAGGCAUUUGAAGGUGGCCGUCAAGGAAAUCCUGUUGGGGCUCCAGUUGAGCAAGGACCGUGCUCCUGACGGGAGCGUCGAGAUGGUCUCAGGCCUUGACAUGGAUAUUAUAACUAUUCUUAGAUCUGCUCUGAAGUUUUCAUUCAAAGCAUAUAUUCCACGAGACAAUGUAUGGGGAGACCUUUUGCCUGAUGGGAACAUAACGGGAAUCAUUGGAAUGGUGGCUAGGCGCGAAGCUACUCUUGGAUUAUCAGUACUGUCCAUUUCAGAGAGCAGAGAACGUGCUUUAGACUUCGCUUAUCCUUACUCGAGUGGCAGAUACUUGUUACUGUCAAGGUCUCCAAAGGAAAAGAACAGGGCGGUUGCCAUUCUCAGCCCGUUUACGCCCCAGAUCUGGGCUUUUGUUACCUCGACUCUUUUGCUAAUGGGACCUGUCGUAUACUCAGUCUCGUAUCUCUUAAAUAAGGUCAUGGGAGCUGAGGUGAAGACUGAUUUACAGUGGUUUCAGUUUAACAUAUUUCGAAGUAUCGUCAAUCAGGGCAACUCUAUGAAGGAAGACGCGUUGCAAAUCAGACUUGUCCUUUUAUCCUGGUUUUUCUUCUGCUUCAUAUAUGCAGCCCUGUACUCAGGUAUGCUGACAGCUAGCUUGGCCGCACCUGCUUACGAAACUCCUAUAGAUUCCCUAGAAGACCUCCCUAGAGCCAUCAAGGGAGGAUUUACCCUUGGUACUUUGGGAAACAGUAACUAUGAAUCUUUGUUCAAGACCGCUACUGGAGGGCUUUUCAAACAGACCUGGGAGCUAUUCAAUCAUAAUGACAGAUCGAAGAGUUUUGUUGACAACAUUCCUGCUGGUGUACAACGGGUUUUAAAGGAGAAAUUUGUGUUCAUUACAAGUGAUAACUUCGCUCGUGCGUUCGUGCAGACGCUGGGAGAGGGGAUGUUUCACCUCAGCAGAGAAAGGCUCUUUCCAUCAUAUUUCGCGAUUGCUUGCCAGACGGGUUCUCCCAUCACAAAUCAAAUCACUCGUCUAGUGCUCAGAUUGAAAGAGGGUGGCAUAAUAGAAAAAAUUAUUGAUGACGCUUACAGAAAACUACCUGCAGUUCCUUCAGCUAGAGAGACUGAGGUCAAGAACAUUUCCAUCACCUUAACACACCUCCAGACUGCAUUUUACAUGUUCACCCUGGGAACAGCAGUAUCCACCCUGGCUUUCAUAUUGGAGAGGCUCACGUUGGAUGGUAAUGCCACAGCAUAAAACCAUACUAUUAAUCCUACUAAGAACUAU